CUAUACCAAAAACAAAACUCGGCGCAAUAGAUCAUGGAUGGAGGUUUGCCUGAUAAUUUGACUUUUUGACGUAAAUUAUUCGUGUGGUAAAUAUGGCUGACGAACUCAAUGUUGACAGUCUGAUUCACAGACUUUUAGAAGUUCGAGGAUGCAGGCCAGGCAAAACUGUGCAGAUGUCAGAGUCGGAGGUCCGUGGCCUCUGCACAAAAUCCAGGGAAAUAUUUUUACAGCAGCCAAUAUUACUGGAAUUAGAGGCGCCACUUAAAAUAUGUGGGGAUAUACAUGGCCAAUAUACGGACUUACUACGUCUGUUUGAAUACGGCGGUUUUCCACCUGAAGCUAAUUACCUGUUUCUCGGGGACUAUGUGGAUCGUGGCAAGCAAUCUCUUGAAACAAUAUGCCUCUUGCUUGCAUACAAAAUAAAAUAUCCAGAAAAUUUCUUUCUUUUACGUGGCAAUCAUGAAUGUGCUAGCAUAAAUCGUAUCUAUGGCUUUUAUGAUGAAUGCAAGCGUCGCUACAAUAUCAAGCUCUGGAAGACAUUCACAGACUGUUUUAAUUGUCUCCCAAUUGCUGCUAUUAUUGACGAGAAGAUAUUUUGCUGCCAUGGUGGCCUUUCACCAGAUCUGCAGGGUAUGGAACAAAUCAGGCGGAUAAUGAGACCCACUGAUGUUCCCGACACAGGUUUACUUUGUGACCUGCUAUGGUCAGAUCCAGAUAAAGAUGUUCAAGGUUGGGGAGAGAAUGAUCGCGGCGUGUCUUUCACUUUUGGCCCCGAUGUCGUAAGCAAAUUCCUGAACAGACACGAUUUGGACUUGAUUUGUCGUGCGCAUCAGGUAGUAGAGGACGGCUAUGAGUUUUUCGCAAAGCGACAACUUGUGACGCUGUUUUCCGCUCCCAACUACUGCGGCGAGUUCGACAAUGCAGGCGGCAUGAUGUCUGUGGACGAAACGCUUAUGUGUUCUUUCCAGAUAUUGAAACCAUCAGAAAAGAAAGCAAAAUACCAAUACAAUGGCCUCAACAGCGGAAGGCCGGCUACACCUCAGCGAUCACCGCCAAAAAAGAAAUAACUGACGUUUGG